AACUAAUUUAAUAAUUCACAGUAAUUUUUCUAUAAUUAAAAAUGUUUAAAUUCCAUAAUGGGUCUUUUUAUGAAACUGGGCCAACAGAAAAAAUAAUACGGUCCAAUUGGAUCCCAACCUUAAGCAAAAAAAUUUGUGAGGGUCUGUCACAAGCUCACCCCAAUGGCUUCCAUCUCCUGUCUACCAACUCCCGCCAAAACAUCAAUCUCCUCCAUCUCGCCUAUCCUGCGCACGCCCUUCGUUAUUCUGUACCCUGUUCCAUUUCCCUUCCCGUCUCUCUUUUCCUCCACAUUUUCUUCUAAGUCCAUUUCCGCAGGGCGCUUAUCACUGCCGCUCAGAGCUUAUCGUCCCCAUAAAUACGCCUAUCCUGAUCCUAUCCCCGAAUUUGCAGUCGCUGAGACUAAGAAGUUCAAGGCUGAGCUUUGGAAGAAGCUCUCAAAUGACAAGGAGACAUUUGGUGAUGAGCUUCAUACUGUCGUCGAGGUUUGUGCACAGAGCAUGCAAAUUCUCCCUCUCUAUAUCUCUCUUCUCUUAUUCUGGACCAAGAAGGAGUCUGUAGAUUUCAUUUGAAGAUAUGGGAAAUGGGAGUUUUUAGUCAGAAAUGAUGAAUAUUUUCUCGUGGACAUUUCAACUUUCAAGGAAUGUAGGGUUCAGACUCAACACUUAUCCUUAUGCACAGAUAGUCAGUGUCUUUACACUAAAGUAGAAACUAUUGCAUUUACGUUAGCAACAAUACCAUUAUGAUCUAGCUAUGACCAGCUUAAUUGUGUUUGAAUGUGCUCAUUGAUAUUUAGUAUCAAUACAAUAUGUGGUCCUAGGCUUGAAUGUACAUUGUACUUAAUUAAUAUUUCCAUUUUGUCUCAUGUCAGUAUGGGUGUUUCGAUUUUAGUCCAACCACUUCCAAGUCCAACUGUUAAGCUGAUAAAUCUAGAUACACUAUGUAACUCCAAUUAAUGCAUACUAUCAGUUGGAAUAUUCUCUCAUAUAAUUUUUUUAUACAUUUUCAUUGAAUUGAAUGGAAUACAAACAAGCCAAAGACAUUUGGCUCAAUUGGUAAAAUCUCUUCCUAUUAUUUGAACCAAAAGAAGAAGGAAAUCUAAACAUGUGAAGAGGGUAUUCUUGGUUUUAUAUGGUGACAAUAUUAUCUAUUUCUAGUAAACUGGAAAUCAUAAAUGCUUAUAGUAUUUUUUGUUACGUAUGCCUCGGUUCCAAAAUUAGUUAGAGCAUAUACAAAAACGUACCAGCAAUAAGAAGAGACAUGCCUAAGCAUUAUAAACAAAUUGCUGAUGCAGUCUACAUAAAAAUUGAGAACAGUUUGUUUAUACCUUUAUUACUAGCUAAAACGACUCUACUUCCCCUUAAAUGUGUAAUAUGCCUAUGUUGGACUUCAAAGAAAAAUUGGUUAGCUUUAGCUUUUCUAGUUUUAGAUUCUAAGGAAUGUUGAAGCCUAAGGUAGGGUGAGCGAUCCUAGCAGUAAGGAAUAUGGUUAUAAAGCGAUUCCAGGAAGGAAAAUCAAAAGAAGAUUGUAGAGUGGUUCUCUGGCUAUUUACUAGCACUUGCUGUAUGUAGAAGGGACUGCUGUAGAAUUUAAAUUCAUUAGUCCUGAUAAAGUAGGCAUAACUGUUCUUGGGAGAAGUAAAAAAAAAAAAAAGAAGAAAAUCACUUGUUUUAAAAUGGAUGGUUGUCUUGAGUUCCGGAGAUAUAGCUGAGCUUAAAAAAGUCUUGAUUUUUUGCAUCUUCCUCGUGUAUAUCCAAUUUCAGAUCUCUAAUUUAUCUUAAGUUUAAUGAACCAAGCACAUCAUCAUCACUCCAGGGAGAAAAGUCCAACUUGUUUUCCCCUCCCUCUCCCCCUCUUUCCCCCUAUAACUUAUGGGCCAUACAACAGGUUGAGAAUGGGUCUUUGUCAACAAGAAAAAACCUUAAUUUUAGAUUUUUUUUUUUUAAAUGGAGGAAUUUGCACAAUUCCACCCUUCCAGUGCCAGUGGUCCGCAACCCAAACAUAAAUUCUGUAGGAAGUAUGGUUUUCGUCAACUUGUCAACUUGGAAAGGAUUCAAUGCUAGAACAUGCCCUGCAUUGCCCACAGGAUUUCCAUGCUCCAGAAGAAAGAAAUUACCAAUUUUCGGACAGCUUCUAUCAUAUUAGUUUUAUUUUUUGUGCAUUUUUUGGCCCAGUGCUGCGAUUGUCCUUGUUAUGCUUUUUAAGCACAAAGCAUGUUCAUUUCUAAUAGAAACGUAGUAAUCUCUCAUGAAAAAAACUAAU